AUGGCACACAACCCCGCAAGUGCAUCCCACCACGAUGCGGAGUCCACACCCCCAGAGCCAAGCGCACAAGUCUCAACAGGACUCCUACAGCAAUGCAAUACCCUCCUCGCAGAGCUCGACGAGCUUCAGUCGCUCCUCAAGAGCACGCUACGCAAUCCACAGCUAGUGGAAGUGCGACAGUUCCGUUCGAACGUCAAUGCAGAAUUGAAGAUGCUGCAGAAGCUAGAGCAGCGUAUGCAGAACAACGCACUUGGAGCCGAGCAUGCGGAUCCGGAGCUCGAAAAGCGACUGUUACACGCCAUGAGGUCGUCUAAUUUGCCCUUUUAUCAGGCUGUUUGGGACAUUGCUAAGAUGUCGUGCUCGGGCUUGGUAGCGCUAGGGAAACGAUUCUAUUGGGAUAGGGAGAACAAGGUGCUUGAGAGACAAGAGGGGCCUGAGAAAGGAAAGGAAAAGGGAAAGGGUAAGAGGAAGGAUGAUGCUGGGGAGAAGCAGCCUAACAAGGACAAGCGCAAGAGCGUGUUUGUGGACAUUGUUGCGGGUGAUGGGGAGGAGUGGGUGAAGGUGUCCACGAUCUCGGAGAGCAGGCUGUUGUUUGACAUGGCCAAAAAGGGAUGGGAGCGAGACAGUGAGGAUGAGUACUCCGAAGGUGAAGGAUCGGGAAAACGCACUAUCUUGAAAAAUUUCGACGGCUCUGAUGAUGAGGAUGAUGAUGAGGAUGAGCUUGAGCUUAUCAAAUUGGCAAGGGAUUUGAGAAAGGCGGCUGAUGCUACGCGGGUGCGGUAUAAACAUCCUCGAAUACGAAUUGUUCUACCCAAGAUCACGGAAGGAGAGAUUCUUGAAGUUGAUGAUAUCAUCAAGGAGAUGCGCAGCUAUGGUAUCAAGGUAGAGUGCCAGAGCAGCCUGGUUGAUUUGGGCGCCUCAAAUCUGGCACACCUGCUGCCCCAGCAUUUCAAGAAUUUCACUCCCACCCUGAAUGUCGAUUGCACCCUGCUCCUCGCCAUGGUCUCUGAUCUAUCACACAUUAAGAAUAUGGCCCCAUCGCCAAGUUUCCAUCGAGCUAUCGUCCGCCAGAUAGAGGUCGAAAAGGAAAAACCUCUGCUUCCUACCGAGCUCUGGCCUGCCAUGGGAGAUCACGAGCUGGUGAGUACCGAAGAGGCUUCCAAACGCAUGCGCGAGAUAGUCGACACCAUUGGGACGGAGACUGAGCAAACUCGAAUGAGGAUCAUGAUGGGCAAUGCCCCAUAUGACCAAUUGGACCGCGAAUCUCUCAUCCAAAAAUUUGCGGAACUGUCCGAUUAUGAAGUACCCAAGAAUUGGAGGCUCCCGCUGAAGGUAGUCGAGGCACAAUCGGUGAUAGACACUGGGAAAGCAGAAGGAAAACUCCCUUCCGUGGCAGACAAGGUCGCAAAAGGCUUGUCGGAUAUCAAUUACAGCGUCUUCAUGUAUGGAUGGGUCACUGGGAUGACAACCAUAUCCAGCAAUCGAACCAUCGAUAAACAGAUCGAGGCGACAAUUGAGAAUAGUCGCCGAGGCGAAGACGACAGUGAAGGUCCCUUUGUCUGGAUUUGCGACACAGCGCGAAGCUUGGUGGGCAAAGACAAGGACCGUAAAGAAUAA